AUGCAUGUGUCAGCCGGUCUGCCAGCGAACCACUUUUUGCCCAGUCCGGCCCUGGCCAGCCCGGUUGGCAGCACUGCCGGCGGUAAUCAGCCCCCGAACCCGCCGCUAGCCGCCAAUGCUCCCUGCUCGACACUGUUCGUUGCCAAUCUGGGACAGUUUGUCUCCGAGCAUGAGCUGAAAGAAAUUUUCGCUAGUCUGCCUGGCUUCUGUCGCCUUCGUUUGCACACUAAGGGUUCAGCAACAUCCGCCGCCGCCGCCGCUGCUGCUGCUCAUGGCGCCAUGCUCGCAAACGGAACCGGCGGUGGCCCAGCCGGGGCAGCCCCAGUUCCGGUUGCUUUCGUAGAGUUUAAGGACGUGGUCAGUGCGGCGGCCGCCAUGGCCGCCCUGCAGGGCAAGUUCCUACUGUCGUCCGACCGCGGCGCGAUGCGCAUCGAGUUCGCCAAGUCGAAGAUGGCCGCUGACAUUCCGUCGCACCAGUUCUACGCACAGAAUCACGCGCAGCUGAGAGAACACAUCCAGCCCAUAGCAACGACCAUCAUGAACCAUAGCAACCACGGCGGCAACCAUUGUAUCAGCAGCACGGGCUCCACAAUAAUGAACGGCGGUAUCGGCGGUGUCAUCGGAAGCAUCGGGGGUGGUGGUGGCAUGCAUGGACGGGGGGUGGUUCCACCGGUGACGUCGAUGACGGGCCUGACCGCACAAAACGCGGGCCUGUUCACGUUUGCCGUGGCGCACCCGCGAGCAUAA